AUGGAUGCUGCUUUAACAUUUCAGGUUCAGAAUUCAGAUUUGUGUUGGUGUUGUUUACCCAUUGUUCAGAAUUCAGGUAUUGGGUUUACGGAUGGAAGGGAUAUAUGGUACAUUCAUAGUUUCAUACAGAUGAUACUUAGUAUACUUGUUGUAUUGGGCUCAAGGUUUUCUUUGCAGUAUACGUAUUUCAGGAGUUCAAAGUUCAGGAAUUCUUUCUGUUCACUAAUAUAUACUUUUUUAUAUAUGCACAAGUUUCUGAAAUCUGCGCUCGCUUGUUUGGUACUAGGCGCUUGGCCGCAAGAAUGGCAAGUUACAACGUUUCAAGUUCAUUCUGUCGCCUUGUUGCGUUUCCUCUGCUUAGCAUGUCUACGGAUGAAAGGCGAAUCGCCAUUGUUGUAG